AUGGCGAGCGUUGCGGUCGAAGACGCACUUCCAACUGCCGCUCAGGCGGACACUGUCUCCAUUCAAUCCAUCGAGAAACCCGGCAACAAGCCACCGCAGGGCAUCGCGAAAGACGCAGAACUUGUCACUGCGAGAGGAAACGUCAUCUCCAAGGACGGUGUUGUCUUCUCUUCGAACGACUCCGACGACAGUCUGUCCGGCAACAUCUUUGCGGACCCCGAAGUUGCGGCUUACUAUAAAGAUGUGUAUGGAAAAGCGAAGUACGAAUGCAGACAUGUCUUCGACCCCACUGCCACCUGGACAGACGAAGAAGAAAAGAGAGUUAUACGGAAGCUAGACUUGCGGGUAUGCUUCUGGGCAUGCACCAUGUUCUUUAGUCUGCAAGUUGAUCGUGGCAAUUUGACCCAAGCUGUGUCUGGCACCUUCCUCAAAGACUUGAAGCUGACCACAAAUGACUACAACACGGGAAACACUGUGUUUCUGGUCUCAUUCUUGCUCGCCGAGCUUCCCUCUCAGCUCUUGUCAAAGAAGAUAGGUCCUGAUCGAUGGAUUCCAACCCAGAUGGUGCUUUGGUCGAUCGUUGCUAUGAGCCAAGCGGCUUUGACAGGCAGGACCAGUUUCUUGGCAACCCGGGCUCUUCUAGCAAUUCUAGAGGGCGGUUUCAUCCCCGAUCUAGUGCUCUGGUUGUCCUACUUCUACACAGGUCGCGAAUUACCAAUCCGAUUGAGCUUCUUCUGGACUGCGCUGAGUGUCACCACAAUCAUUACAUCCUUACUUGCCUUUGCCAUCUUCCAUCUGGAAGGCGUUAACGGUCUGGCGGGAUGGCGAUGGCUUUUCCUGCUCGAAGGACUCAUCACCCUACUCAUCGGUAUCGCGUCUUUUUUCCUCAUGCCAGCAUCAGCAGUUCAAACAAAAACUUGGUACCGUCCCAAGGGCUGGUUUACCGACCGAGAACUCACAAUCGUUGUCAACCGAGUCCUCCGUGACGAUCCCCGAAAAGGCGACAUGCACAACCGUCAGGCCAUUACACCCAAAAGGCUCUGGAAUUCGAUGAAAGACUAUGAUCUCUGGCCACUCUACAUAGUGGGCCUCAUAUGCUUUAUUCCUCAAUCUCCGGUAAACUACUAUCAGACCCUGGUUCUACGGUCUCUGGGCUUUACCACCAUCAAUGUCCAACUCCUCGUCAUUCCGUCUGCAGUCUUCCAUAUUAUUACUCUUCUGAGUAUCACAUGGAUAAGCGAGAAGCUUAACCAACGCGCGCUCAUCGCUAUCUGGCAGAACCUAUGGACAUUACCUUGUGUCAUUGCGCUCUACGCCUGGCCCAACCUCAUCAAGAACCAGUGGGGCACAUACGCGUUGAUCACCGUUCUUCUUAGUUACCCGUACUGCCAUGCUAUCAAUGUUGGAUGGGUUUCAACGAAUUCGAAUAAUGUUGGUUCGCGAUCGGUUUCCGCCGCGCUAUACAAUAUGAUGGUGCAGUGUGGAGGUGUCAUCGGGUCGAAUAUUUAUCGUGAGGACGAUAAGCCAUACUACAGGCGUGGUAAUCGCAACCUGAUUAUCAUCAACAUUACCUCGAUAGCCUGGUUCCUAUUUGUGAAAGCCUAUUAUGUGUGGAAAAACAAGGAUCGGGAUCGGAAGUGGAAGGCUAUGUCGUAUGAGGAGCGUAUCAAUUACAUUCAGACUACUACCGAUACAGCAAGCAGGCGAUUGGACUUCAGAUUUGUGCAUUAG